GGCCGGGCCGCCCCUCCGCGACCGAGGCGGGCCGGGCUGCUCCUGCCGCCGGUGCCGCCGCCUCGCCCCGCAGAGCCCGCCGUGCCGGAGCGCAGCCCAGCCCGAUGGCCCCCGAGGAGGUGGCGGUGGCCGGCGAGGAGGCGGCGGCCGAGGGGGGCGGCCUGCUGCUGGAGAUCGUGGGCUCCCCGCUCAACCUGAGCCUGCUGGGCCUCUGCCUCUUCCUGCUCUACCAGAUCCUGCGGGGCGAGCGGCCCGCGGCCCCGGCGAGCGAGGGAGGCCCGGCGCCGCUGCCCAGGAUGAAGCGUCGCGACUUCACGCUGCCGGAGCUGCGGGCCUACGACGGGGUGCGCGACCCGCGCAUCCUCAUGGCCGUCAACGGCAAAGUCUUCGACGUGACCAGCGCCAAGAAGUUCUACGGGCCCGAUGGCCCAUAUGGGAUUUUUGCUGGAAGAGAUGCAUCCAGAGGUCUUGCCACCUUCUGCCUGGAUAAGGAGGCUCUGAGGGAUGACUAUGAUGACCUCUCUGAUCUCGACGCUACACAGCAAGAGACCUUGAGGGACUGGGAGUCACAAUUCACUUUUAAGUAUCGCCAUGUUGGUAAGCUGCUGAAGGAAGGGGAGGAACCCACUGUAUACUCUGAUGAAGAAAAAGAUGGCCAGGAUGCCAAGAAAGACUAGAGUGCACUGAGAAGCUAUCUAUUUUUUAAUGGUAAAGGAUCAUUUGUAAUAUUCCACUUGUUUUUUAUAAGUUGCAACAGCAACAAUGCGCCUUGCAAAAGGUCUAGAGUUACAAUAAAUAGUCUUUUCAAAGGUUUCCUUCUCAAAUUCAGUGGUAAAGGACUAACUGCCUAAGAUCUGUCUUCCUUUAAACUUGCAUAAUCUGAAGUAUGCACGAAAAAAUAGGUGUGUAAAACUCAACUGCAAUCUUGGCAAUAAAGGACUAGUACUGUUUUUCUUCUAUCACCAUUUAGUGCAGAGUAGGUUGAAAUCCAGUUUUUCAUUAACAGCCUGGUACUGUGGACACAAGCACAAGAAUAACUUCCCAUAUCCAACACAAAUUCCACAAAAUCUUGUUUUGUCUUAGCUUCUGCAGGAUCUGGGCCUUGGGCUGUGAUUCCUUUAGAAAAAGGGACUAUAUUUUAUUUGUCCAUGAAGCAUCAUACUAAUUUGUGUUGCAAAGUAAUUAAAUAUUAUGUAAAAUAAUUUGGCUUUCAAGGAGUUACAUAGGGGCUUACAGAUUAAACACUUAACUGCUUUUUAAAAAUACAUGAAUUUUUGAGAGGUUAAAUUACUUUUAGAUACUUAGAAAUUUAGUAAGGACUGAUGAAUACUUGAUGUAUUCAGUCACGCAUAAUUAUGCAUGGAAUAAUAUUGUUUACUUUUAAAGCACAUCUGAAGUGUUACAAAGCCUUAGAGUGUAACUAGGCAUCCCUAAAAACCAGCUACACCAUGAAGUGUGACUCAACUGGACUACUGUUCAUUCACUUUUCCUCUUAGUAAAACGCUUUGAGGAAUUUUAAUGAAAUUAGAAUCAUAGAAUGUCUUGGGUGGGAAGGGACCUAUAAAGGUCAUCUAGUCCAGCCCCCUUACAAUAAGCAGGGACAUGUCCAACUAGAACAGAUUUACCAGAGCCUCAUCAAGCCUGACCUUGAAUGUCUCCAGGGAUGGCACCUCCACCACCUCUCUAGGCAACCUGUUCCAGUGAUCCACCACCCUCAUGGUAAAGAACUUUUUCCUAAUGAUGGAGAUGAUCAGCUGCUAUUAAUUCCUAGGCCUAAAAAAAAAGACUUCCUGGUAUGACAUGAAUAACAAGUGCUCUUGUACACACAGCUUUAACUAGCAGAAAAUUAUUACCAGUCAAUGUAAUUUAUACAAGUUUUCUGUACAAAAUAAAAUAACACGGUGUAAGCCAUUUCUGUGUGGAGGGGUUUGUUGCUUUGGAAGGUUGCCAUUAAAAGAAAAGGCACAAUCUCAUACAUGACCAGCAAUGCUAUGCCUGGGGGACUUGACCUUUGAAUUGCUUUUUACUUAUUUGCUCUCCCAGCUCACAUCUACACUUAAUUAUUAGGUUUGUUCUGACUAUGUGACCUAGUCUCCUACCAGAGGUGGCAGGGAAAAAUGUCCAUGUGUUCCUUCAUCAUCCAAAAACUUCUGUAAAAUUCCUCAGAACUUCCAAGGAGACAACUGAUGAUUUGCUGGUCACUCAUAAGCAUGAUUCUUGUCCAGGUGAUUCUGCUUGGGUGCCUGUCUGGUGUAGCUCCCUCUGUUUAGUUCUCCUGUUCAGCUGAGUUGUUUCAGUUUGACAACACGAUGAAAAUGAUGAAGCGAGUCCUGAGUAGGAAGGUGUAAACUAGGCAAAAUUGUUCAGAAGUAGAGUGCAUUGCACAACAGCAGCUGUCAUCAACAAGUUGACACAACAUGUUGAAGUGCCUGGGACCAUCUGUGGUGAGAACCAAUGACUUUCCCUCAGUCCCAACAUUGUCAUGACAUUUUCUUCUGGUUGCACAGGCCCUUCAGAUGAGGAGUACAGUUGUUUGAGCCAGCUAGCUCAGGUAGAGUGGUUUGUGAACUACCUAGUGAAGGUCUAGAGACAAAUACAAAUCUUGUCAUGACCUUUGUGUUGCUAUUUUAUUUUUAGAGACAUUUAUACUCUUUACAAACUACUACUAAUGGUUUACCUCAAAUUGGAAGUGUGCUUUUUUAUUUAAGGCAAAAAAUAAAAUAUUCUUGAAUAA